AUGAGCCGCUGGAACAUCCUGCCGGCCUCAUCCAACAAUGUCGCCAACACCAAUCCAAUCAAUUUGCCCACCUAUUUUCCCCAGAACAGCCCGUCGGCCCAAUUGGAUAUGACCCAGCAGCAGCAGUCCAGCAUCGCUGGCACAAACCCGCUGGAAGUGUAUCAACAUGGAACGAUUGGGAAAUUUAUCCGCUCUGAGAUUGAAGGCACUCAAUCCGGCUUCCUGAAAUGCAUCUAUGAAGCGAAACAUACGGCGAAUAAUACUGUGACGUUGCUUUGUGAGAAGCGCGAAAAUUGCUGCGUUCAUGGCUGUUGCCCCAAGGAUCAAUAUUGGAUGGCCGGUGUCUACGUGCUGCUUGCCUUCGUUUUGCUGGUUGCGCUAGUCGGGACGGCGUUGAUGGUGCUUUGUUAUAUGAGGUCGAAAGCGAAGCAAAGAAAAGAGGAACGCGAAGCCUACGAAUACGGUGGAAAUUAUGCCGGAUCCCAGGUCGGCGCCCCCGGUGCCUACGGUUCCUACAUUGGACCAGCUCAGUAC